AUGGCGAGUUCUUCAGAGAAACGAGUAAUGGUGGUGGCGAUGGAUGAGCAUGAGCACAGCAACUAUGCCUUGGAGUGGACCUUAGAACAUUUCUUCACUCCUUUUGCUCCAAAUGCUCCUUUCAGUCUUGUUAUUGUCAAUGCCAAACCCUCUCCACCUCUUGCUGUGAGCAUGGCAGGACCUGGGUCUGAAAUUUUUCCUGCAGUAGAAGUGCAGCUGAAAGUGAUUGCUGAACAAAUUAUAGAAAGGGCUAUGCAAAUUUGUUCCAGUAGAUCGAUUCAUGAAGUGACAGUGGAAGUGGCUGAAGGUGAUGCUAGGAAUGUUCUGUGUGAAGCCGUAGAUAGACACCACGCAACAAUAUUGGUUUUAGGUAGCCAUGGCUAUGGAGCUAUCAAAAGGGCGGUUCUUGGAAGUGUGAGUGACCACUGUGCUCAUCAUGCUCAUUGUACAGUGAUGAUUGUGAAGAGGCCCAAGUUCAAAAAUUAA